UGCUAUACAGGUGUAUCCCCAGGCCCUGCCCCAUGAGCACCUACACUUAAAGGAUGGAAAUGACCCCGAGGCGACACACCGUUCUUUGUGGCAAGAAUGAAGUUGUUCUAGAACCUACUUGCCCGUAGUAGAUCUCAAAUGCGGUAUUGGAGGAAAUACGAUGAAUAAGGUUGUGGCAAUGUUCGCUCGGUGAGAUUGCCUAGAAGGUCAUAGGUCCAUAAAAGUCAUCCUUGAGCAGACCGGCAAAGGUGGCCGAUUAGCCGCGCGUUCGAGGAGCAUGGGACAGUCGUUGACUGGGUUGGUGAAUACGAGCAGAGCGGGAAGUGGAAGCUGACAAAGCCAACUGAGGUCUGAAAGAUCUCGGUGAAUCUGUUGUGCAACAACAGGGGAAGAAUCAGAUUCAAGAGCCUCAGGAAACCGGUAUACGAUGAAAAGGCUGCCGAAGGUAGUUGUUGGGCGCUGUUGGUUUGGCGUGUAUCGACCAAUUGAUGUUGAAUCUGGAGAGAAAACAGGUGAAUCCGCUUGGUUUAUAGAAAGAAACUCACUGUGGUAUUUGUGAGACUGAGAUCGAAUGCAAACGAGGUUCUAGGUACAAAGUUGUGAAAUUAUUGCUGACGCCGUCUGCCAACUAACCCCAGAUCCGAGUAAUCCGGCUUGCGGAGACUUGCCCAAAGCUACCACAGUCCGCCCUACCACCAUGAGCUGCCAGCUUCGACUCCAACCACCCGCUGGUUGAUCGCUAAUCUAACUGGUGAGUACCUUAAUCCCGAAUUACUUGCAUUAGCUGACUGUUACCAGAUAUCCUCCAGGGCUGCAGAUCGCUGGUCGCUUGUCAUGGGUUCCCGAGUGCUGGGUUUUAGCGGAAAUCCGAGCAGAACCACCCACCACGACGUAUUCGCAAGCUCAGUUGCGAUAUGGAUGAAUCGAGGGAGCCACAUGGGGCUGGUGAUGGUUCAGCUGGCCAACUUGCUCUUAUCGGUCAUCGAUAUGCCCCGAAAUGAACGCAGCUGCGGGAGGCAUAAGGGCACCACUGGUCGAGCUGGGGGCUGGGAGGCGGUCAACUGAUGCCGCUUCGCAGAUGGCUUACACCAACUAGCUGCGCCUCGAGGGUCAGGAUGACGGGAGGGUUGGGACAAGAUAUUAAAGAGUAUGGUGUUCGGUCUGGGGUAUGGAUGGCUGUAUAAAGGGCUGCCAUUGUCAAGUAUCAAGGACGAUACAGACAGAGCAGUCUUGACAGAAUACAUCACAAGAAAGCACAACAUUAACUUCAGCAGAAAACAUGAGCACUACAGGCAACAUUGCGAUUACUGGGAUUCCUACCACGGCCGGUCCAGAUGGAUCGUUCCCCCUUCGCCGAGAGCUCCGGGACCUCCAGCGCAACUAUCCUGACCACUUCAACCUCCUCGUCCUUGCGCUGAAGGACUUCCAAGCCCUCAACGAGUCAGUCCAGACAUCCUACUACCAGAUCGCUGGUAUCCAUGGUCUGCCCUACAAGCCUUGGAACAACGUCGGCAGCAACAGUGACUGGCAGUCGACAAGCGGGUUCGGGGGGUACUGCACCCAUUCCUCAAUUCUCUUCUUGACAUGGCACCGUCCGUACCUUGCUCUCUUCGAGCAGGCUCUGUACAACUCCAUCCAGAAGAUUGCCAACCAGUUUCCUCAAGGCCCCCUUCGAACCAAGUAUGUCGAGGCGGCCAAGACAUUCCGCAUGCCUUACUUCGACUGGGCUAGCCAGCCACCUUCUGGGUCUUCAGCUUUCCCCAGUGUUUUUACGGCCCCGAGCCUCCAAGUGGUUGAUGUGGAUGGCAAGACCAAGUCCACUGCCAACCCGAUCUACCGCUUCGUGUUCCACCCGGUGAACCCCUCGCUGGGCGACUUUCCUAGACAGUGGAGCCGGUUUCCAACAACUGUCCGCUACCCCAACCCGAGAACUGGGCAGUCUCAGGAUAACCGCGUGGCACCCAUCCUGGCCAACGAGCUGGCUUCUCUUCGCACCAACGUCAGCCUUCUUCUGCUGUCUUACACUAACUUUGACGCCUUCAGCUUCAACAGAUGGGACCCGAACAUGACCCCUGGCGAGUUCGGCAGUCUUGAGGACGUACAUAACGAGAUCCACGAUCGAACUGGAGGAGGCGGGCACAUGUCUUCUUUGGAUGUGUCAUCGUUUGAUCCCCUGUUCUGGUUCCAUCAUACCAACGUCGACCGUCUCUGGGCCAUCUGGCAAGACCUCAACCCCGACAACUUCUUGACCCCCCGUCCAGCCCCUUACUCGACCUUUAACUCGACGGAAGGCGAGUCCCAGACCAAGGACACCCCCCUGACCCCCUUCUGGGACAAGUCAGCUACCAAGUUCUGGACCUCAGAGGAGAUCAAGGAUACCACGACCACCUUCGGCUACGCCUACCCCGAGACUCAAGAGUGGAAGUACAGGACCGGCUCCGAGUACCAAACCUCCAUCCGACAGGCAGUCACAACCCUCUACGGCACCAACGUCUUUGCCAAUUUCGCCGCUGCCAACGUCCAGGCCAGAGCCACCGAGCACACAGAGCUGAUCAAGAGCCUGUCCCUCGCCGCUCCUCCCCCUUCGGCUCCUAUCACAGCAGAGAAACCCCUCCUCAUCACCCAAGAGAUGAAGGCCAGCCCCAUCCCCGAACAUCUCCAACACCUCGCCCCGAACAACAAGUACCCCGAAUGGGUGGUCAACAUCCGCGCCCAGAAACACGGCCUCCACGGUGCCUUCCGCGUCAUCGUCUUCCUCGGCCCCAUUGACGAGUCCGACCCUGACUCUUGGCAGACAGAGUUCAACACUGUCGGCCGUGUCUCUGUCCUUGGGCGCUCCACUCAAGGACCGACAACCACCAAGUGCGCUAAGUGCAUCACUGAUGCGGCAGAUGAGCUGAUGAUCUCUGGGACGGUGCCUUUGACCUCGGCCCUGUUGCAGGAUAUUGUCAAUGAGAAUACUGGCUUGCAGAGCCUGCAGCCAGAGGAAGUGGUGCCGUAUUUGAAGAAGGAGCUCAAGUGGAAGGUGACGAUGUUUGAGACUGGGGCGGAGAAGGAUUGUGGGGAGGUUCCGGGGUUGAGGGUGAGUGUCACUAGCACCGAGGUUACUAUUGGGGAGGAUGGGCUACCGGAUUAUUCGGGGGUGUAUACCGUGUAUCCGGAGAUCACGGAUGGAAAGCCGGGUGGUAUGAGAGACGGUGAGCACAUCUAAGGGGACGAGAAAGCACAUGUAGGAGAUGGGAACGCAGGAUGGAAAUGAACACAAUAGCACAAGAAACUGGGUAUCAAAAUUUCAGCCAACGUAGCAAAUAACGAAAUAACGAAGACCAUGCUUUUAUCGCCCAAACGCCGUUCCAAAAUGCCCAACCGAAACCGUGCCAAAACAACAAGUCGCCCAUCAUCUAGAAAGCAAUCCGACGUUUCCGCCCCGUGUACUUGCUCGUAGCCUUGACAACCUUUCCCUUCCUCUCCAUCUGUUCCUUCUUCUUGAUAAUCCACUGCUUGCUACCCUUCUUGAUCUCCCCCUUCCCAGACGACCUGCCCUGCCUCCGGUUAUCCACCACAUCCACCCCCUCCAUAUUCUCAACCACACCGGUAAUAUCCCCGCUCUUGGUAUUGGCCACCGCGCUCUGACCCGCCGUCAAGACCAAGUAAACCUUUACAUUCUUCGUAUCAGGAUCAUCCUCAAGCAUACCCGCCCCAAAACCAGCCUUGACCGC